UUCUGACAUCACCUUGUAGGCGAUUGUAAGAGUUUUGAAUUUGAUGCAUCAACUGGUAGCCAGUGGAGCUCAAUGAGCAGCGGGGUGACAUGAGCCUGUUUUGGCUGGUUGAAGACCAGACGUGCUGCUUAUUCUGGAUCAAGAUUGGACGUCCACAUCGAGGUACUAUUGAGCUAUUCAAAAUGCAUUUAAUUCAUUCACCUCCUCAUACAAUCAACAUCGUCAAAGAAAUGGUUGGAAAAAUUUACACACACAGAAGGACAUUGUUGGAUUAAAAAGAUAAAAGUUACUGGAAUAUCAAACCUGAGUGUCCUUUUGUUACAGGACCUAUUUUAACCUAACACCGGGCUUUCAGAGUGCCUGUAAUAAAGAGAAAAAGUGGCUUGUAGGAAAUUGCACCCCGCACCAUGACACCAAGCACAAACCGCUGAUCUUGAUGCUGACCGUGGUUCCUCAUUGGUUAUCUCCAACAAGAAAAAAUGAGGACUCACAAAAUCACUCUGUGUUUAUGCCAUCUGACUGCAAAUACUCCUCAGAUGAUCAGUGUAUUUCUCACAUCAUUCAGUUUACUGCACUGAUCUGUUUUCCUCUGUGUUUCCAUUUCCUCAGGGAAAGCGUUUAGUGAGGACGUACUGAGAGAGGGAGAGGAACACUAACUGGGACGUCGUUCGCUCAUCAUUACAUUUUCCGUGUGAUUUGAAUGCACUUUGUUAUGGGAGCGUAAUAUAUUUUUAAUAGCACUCGUUUCUCAUUAUUUUCUACCGCUCAAGGCUUGUGUGUAGUUUUUAGGGUUCACUGAGCACAUUUUGCAGUAAAUCGAUGUCAUUUCUUCACAGUAAUGAUGGUGAUGAUGUGAUGACAUGCGUCUGUGUAAAUGAUCAGUUUUCUUAGAUCUGUUUUGACAGACUUGAAACGAAGACCUAAUUUCAUCCGAUGUGUUCCAUUACAAUUUACAAACCUGAUAAGUAUUAAAAUUUAACUGAUUUCAAUAUAUUACACCCAAUCAAACUCCCAAACCUUUUAUUUUAGCUUCAUACAGUUCAAGUCUUUGUGAACACCCUUUAAAAUGAAUGCAUCUAUUUAGCUGCUUUGUACUGCACCCACUAUGCAUACACUGCUUGUCUAGCCCCUUUACAGAACUACUGACAAAAGAAUAGGACUUACUUGAGUAGAUAAGCAUGAACUUAAUGUCAGGCAUAAAGGGUUUAAAGCUCCCUAUAUUGUGGAUGGGAUUUCUGCCUGUGUCACUUAUUUAUUUACAUAAUGGACAAUUUUAGCCAGAAGCUGCUGCUCUUGAUCAUUACCACAUGCAACUGCGCUGUCCACAGUUGGUGGUAAUGCCUUCUAUGAUAUACUACCAGUAUGUUUGGUCAGUAAAACAGCAACUAUGGACAAUAAUAUCUGAGCUACGCUGGGCAGACGACAGCUCCUGCGGCGUGGGGGAGCGGAUUGCAGCAGACAAAGGGCAGUAGGAGGAGGAGGCGGUGCGAGCGGCGUCAGAAGAGAGGGAAACGUGCUGUUGUGCUAGCCAGGCUAAAGGCUAAUGCUAACCAACCCCCGAUUCCGUCGCUUUUCCUGUCUAACGUCCACUCUCUGGAUAACAAGCUGGACCUGCUGCGGCUGAGGAUGAAUGUUUCUGAGGAGAUGAGGAACUGUGCUGUGAUUUGUCUCACGGAAACCUGGCUGAACCAGACCAUGCCGGACUCAGCCUUCCAGCUCGCCGGCCGGCAGCUCCUCCGAGCGGACCGCAGCCAGCUAUCCGGGAAAGCCCGGGGGGGGCGGUUUGUGCGUCUACAUAAACAAAGGUUUGUGCACAAACUGCGUGUUGGUAAACAGCCACUGCUCCGAGGUGACAGAAUAGCUGACUGUGAAGUGUCGCCCCCACUGUCCUCGUGCCUCGUGAGUUUUUAGCGGUGUUCAUGAUUGCUGUUUACAUAGCACUGGAUGCUAAUGCUAACAACACGCUGAUGGAGCUUUAUGACAACAUCAGCUCGCUUCAGAACAAGCAUCCGGACGCGUUCUACGUGGUAGCGGGGGAUUUUAACCACGUAGAACUGAAGAACACGCUGCCGAGGUUGUACCAACACGUGAACAUUCCAACGCGAGGUAAUAACACGCUAGACCGUGUUUACACGAACCUGAGGGACGCAUACAGAGCCUUCCUCGGCCCCCACCCCCCGCUUCAAUGCUCCAAACCCACACAGAAGACCAACCAUCACUGUGUGGCCCAGUGACGGCGACGCUGUGCUGCAGGACUGCUUCGACUGCACAGACUUUUAUUUUAUUGUGUUCUUAUUUUUAUUGAUUUUAUUUGAUCUAUAUUUAUCUAUUUUAAUAACAGCUCCUGGGUGUAAACUGGAUCGUGAGAUCACAAUUUCAGUCCACCUCAUGUACCACAUGUGAUGCUAAUGACAAUAAAAUCUCCUUGAAUCCUUGAAUCCUAUACCUGAGACACUGAAGCCUGAGGAAUGUUAAAUGCCCAUGCAACUUCAGAAAUGCAUCUAGCACCCACUAUUAGGCUUUGCUCCAACUUUGAUAAUUCAUGAAGCUUUGCCAGUCUAUAACUAUAAUUUAUCAGAAAAUUCCCCCUUUUUGAUCCAGGCUAUUCAUUACAGUGAGCCACGCUGACAAACUAAUGGAAUGGGUAAUUAAUUUGAAAGCAUUCUUGCACUUGUUUUGUCCGUAAUGUCUUUCAUGUUUCAUGCCUAUUAAGCUCCUGCUUCCUUCCCUGAAGGCCACCCAGACUUUUAUAAAAGCAUUAAGCUGCCCUGCGCUGAGUGCCAACCUCUGAAAGAUCCCAGAUAAGAUCUUAAUGGUGUUUGAAUAGAACAGCACACGUUUCAUUACUGCUAUCCUUCUCAGCUUCAUUAUAGCACCCAGUGACUAUACCAAGCUGAGACUAGCUGUCUGUGAGGUCCAGAAAAUAAGGAUAUCUGAAGGAAAUCAUUUGAUUGCCACAUGUAAAUAAUACUUAAUACCUGUCUUUCAAUGUUCUGAAGCAUUGCCGUGACCCUUUCUUUAACACUAUAUAUACAUAAGUAUUGGGAGCUGGAGUAUCUGUUCUAACAGAAAACGUGCUAUAUGGAUUAAACCAAAAUUUGACCGGUGCAAAAGUAUGGGCACCCUUAUCAUUUUAUUGAUUUGAAUACUCCUAACUACUUUUUUACUGACUUACUGAAGCACAAAAUUGGUUUGGUAACCUCAUUGAGCUUUGAGCUUCAUAGCCAGGUGUAUCCAAUCAUGAGAAAAGGUAUUUAAGGUGGCCAAUUGCAAGUUGUUCUCCUAUUUGAAUCUCCUCUGAAGAGUGCCAUCAUGGGCUCAUCAAAACAACUCUCAAAUGAUCUAAAAACAAAGAUUGUUCAACAUAGUUGUUCAGGGGAAGGAUACAAAAAGUUGUCUCAGAGAUUUAACCUGUCAGUUUCCACUGUGAGGAACAUAGUAAGGAGAUGGAAGAGCACAGGGACAGUUCUUGUUAAGCCCAGAAGUGGCAGGCCAAGAAAAAUAUCAGAAAGGCAGAGAAGAAGAAUGGUGAGAACAGUCGAGGACAAUCCACAGACCACCUCCAAAGAGCUGCAGCAGCAUCUUGCUGCAGAUGGUGUCACUGUGCAUCGCUCAACAAUACAGCGCACUUUACACAAGGAGAAGCUGUAUGGGAGAGUGAUGUGAAAGAAGCCAUUUCUGCAAGCACGCCACAAACAGAGUCGCUUGAGGUGUGCUUUUGAAAUGGCUGUUGCAAACACCCAAAUAUUUAGAACUAAAAUGAUUAAGAUUAAUAGGGGUGCCCAAACUUUUUCAUAUGACUGUACCUGCCUCCAGCAAUCUGUUCAGUUUGAGAUUACAUAAUUGCUUUAAGUAUUUGAUUGAUACAUACAUGUACCUCAUUAUUCAACAUUUCCAGCAUCCUAUCAUCUUGUUAGAAUUCUCCACAGGAGCAGAGAAGCAACCCUGGCAGAAAUUUCAUCCACAUUCAAUUCAACAUCACAUCCCUCAGAGUAACUCUCUCUACUGUCCAGGGAAGGAUUUCUACUAGAUUUCGGAGGAUUUGAUUGUAUUCACAGACGAGAGUCCUUAUAAAGUCAUGGCAAACUCCUCUGAUUGGCUGGAAGACAGCAACGCCUCAUUGGUUGGGGAUCUGGAAGCCUGUACCACAGCAAGGAGCCCAGGAUCUCGCAUAGCCUUGUACAUCUUCAUAAUCAUAGGAAUCUUCUGUACAGUGGUGGGCAACUUCCUGGUCGUGCUGGCCAUCGCCUACUUUAAACAGCUCCAGUCCCACACCAACUCCUUCGUCAUGUCGCUGGCAGUGGCCGACUUCCUUGUGGGCUUGGUGGUCAUGCCCUACAGCAUGGUCCGAACUGUGGAAGGAUGCUGGCACUUCGGCGCCACCUUCUGCCAUCUGCACUCCAGCUUGGACGUGAUGCUCUGCACGGCCUCUAUCUUCCACUUGAGUUGCAUAGCGUUCGAUCGCUACUACGCAGUCUGCAAUCCGCUGGUGUACUCCUUUAAGAUGUCCCGCAGUCGCGUGGCCUUGCUGAUUGUGGUUUGCUGGGCCGUUCCUUUGCUCAUCUCCUUUGGACCCAUCCUUCUUGGACUGCACAAGCUUGGAGUGAACGUCUCCUUGCCUGAGAACGUUUGCAUUUUUCUGGUAAAUCGUGUCUACGCAGUCAUAGCUUCUCUGGUGGCUUUUUACCUGCCCAUGGCCACCAUGCUGUUCGCCUACUGGAAGAUUUACAAGGCAGCCAAGCGUCAGGCUAUGCAGAUAAGUGCUAUGGAAGCUCAAAUGGCAGCAGGAGUGGGAAAGGACUCCAGCAAGAAGCAGAAGCACCGGAACUCCAUGAGGAGGGAACGGAAGGCUGCCAAAACCUUGGGGAUCAUCAUGGGCGUGUUCCUGCUCUUCUGGUUGCCUUUCUUUACCGUGAACAUCGUGGACCCUUUCAUUGAUUACAGUACAGCAGGGGUGAUAUGGGAUGUGUUCCUUUGGCUGGGUUAUGUGAACUCCUCCUUAAAUCCGUUCCUCUACGGAUUCUUCAACAGGUCUUUCCGUAGGGCUUUCCUUAUGAUCAUGGGCUGCAGGAUAUGCCUUCCUGGUUCAGCCCCAGGCAUGGAUCUCUCUCUUUCUAGGAAGGACGCCAAUGAGCGCACAGAGAACCACUAGGCCAUGUGACUCCAAGAGCCUUUCAUAGAAGUUUCUUUAAAUAAACUGUUUUGUAUAUUGAGGACCUUUUACAUUUUUAAAGAACGUCAUGGUAUAAAGGUUCUACAUUAUUUAAAGAUCUUUAAGAGCAAAGUAAAGCUAAAUACUGCAAAAAAAAAUAUUCAGGCUCCCAGAGAUCCGUUUUUUGACUCACAUUUAGUAAUUUUAUUUAUUGUCCACAAUGACAAUGUUUUUUUUUGUUGAGACACAUUUUUAAAUCACCAUUACAAACAUUAGUGAAAGACAUAUUGAGCUCUUUUUUAUUUUAUCUGAAAGCUGUGUUUAAUUGCUAUAUUAUCAGAAUCUUUUUAAUGUUUUCUGGCCACAGUUAAAAAAACUAGCACCAUUGAAAUUUGUGUACCAGGUAACACACAGUGUUUUACAGGAAUUAGAUUAUCAGCAGCUGAUAAUCCAAAAUCCAAAAGAGCGCAAUAGUCCAUGCUCUUUCUGGAUGAGUAGAUGGUGCUCUCUCCCCACAUCACUCCUAAUGUGAUGCUGGCUUUACACCAAGUGUGCUUCUGGCUCGUCUGGUCUUCACCCUCCGAGUGUUGGGGGCAUUACUAGUGAUGGAAGAGUUCAAAUGGAUAAGGAAGGGUAAUUGGCAUUCCAAAUUGGGGAGGAAAUGGGGUGAAAUUAGAAACAAAUAAAAUAAAUCACUCGGAUAUCAGUCUGAUGUUAUGGUUACUGCUCCUCUCAUGCAAAAAUGAUAAACCUUUACAAUUGCCUGCCUGCUGCCUGUGCAUCAAUAAAAAUAACAAUAAAAAGACAAAUGCAAACUAAAUGCACUAUGCAUUGUACACAGGGGUUACUCUUUUCUAAAACCAAGUUUAGAAAUAACCUUUGAUAGAUUGAAAAAACUACUACCAAAUCUGAUUUAGUUUAAUUUGUCCAUAUUAUUAAAUAUUCAGUUUUUGAUAGAACAUUUCUGUGUGUGCCUGAUAGCAUGUGGUGGGGUAUGCAUAUACUCUGGAUGUCCCCACUGUAAACAGUAGCAUUUGAAAUCUGUAGAUUUAAUAAAAAGAAAACCAGGGGGCAAAAUCAGAGGCCAUAGCAAUGUUAAUAUACCUUUAAAAUUGAUGUUUCUAGACAUCUAGAUAGAUAUCCCUUUACUGCAUUACUACUACUACUACUGCAUUUCAGUUUAUCUGUACUGGUCAGGUCAGGCAUAGAGCAGCACAAUGGAAAACUCUCAUCAAUGGCCGCAGAGCGAAAGCACGCCGGGUGACAAAGUGCAUACAAACUUUGCAGUUUGGUAGCAGAUUUCCUGUGUAAAUGCGAGAGGUUUUCCCAUCGACUGUUUGUGUUUGCCGUGUAAAUAAAU